AUGUCAGCUGGUCUGCCAGGGAGCCCUUCUUGCGCCUCCAUCUUGAUUGAAUGUCAAAGGCGAUCCAGCUUGCUCUCGGAAUGUAUUAUGCGGACCAUCUUUCAAGUUGUUGUGAUGGCAGCCUGUACUGUGGUCUUACCUAAGGUAAAUAACACCAUCAACGCAUAUGUUCCUGAUGCUGCUGAUUUGCUUUCGAAGGCAUCAAAGGCGUACCGGUAUCGUGAUUACCACAAGGAUACCGUACCGUCACCCCCUUCUCUGAGUCCUUGGGGCAUCACUAUCAGCCCGAUCGUAGCCCUGCUUCCUUCGCCUCCAACCGAGAGAACAGGAUAA